AUGACCCCGGAGAAGGUGCUGAGGGAGGGGGUGCUGGAGAAGCGGAGCGGGGGUCUGCUGCAGCUCUGGAAGAAGAAGCGGUGCCUGCUGACGGAGAAGGGGCUGCAGCUCUUCGAGCCCAAGGGCUCGCGGCGCAAGGAGCUGAGCUUCGCCCGCAUGAAGGCGGUGGAGUGCGUGGAGUGGAAGGACAGACACAUCUACUUCACCGUGGUGAUGGACGACAGCCUUGAGAUCGACUUCCGCUGUGCGCAGGAGGACCCCGGCUGGAACGCCGAGAUCACCAUGGGCCUGGUGCGCUUCAAGAACCAGCAGGCCAUCCAGCUGGUGCGUGCCAGGCACAGCUGCAGAGCAGUGGUGCACCUGGAUGCAGCCCCGGUGGGACAGCCUGUGGCCAUGAAGCAUCCCAAGAGCAGGAUGAAGAUGGCCCUCGGCUCGGUGGGAGGUGGGGAGAACGGAAUCCCAGCAGGCAAGUGA